CCGGUAAAAUCCUCCGUUACCGCCGCCGUGUCGCCGCCGAAAGCUCGCUGCUCCUCUGAAGCGUUACUCCCUGAGGACUUGCGUCUCCUCUGUGGUUGGAGGAUGGAGGACUCGGAGGCGGAGCUGGCGGUGUCGGAGUCGGACGCUCUGGGCGCCGACUUCAUCACGGUGGAGCUGGACACGCAGCCCAUCGAGUACGUGGUGAAGUGGGCCGAAGUCGGUUCCAAGUUCACCAUCUCCUGCGUGAAGAAGGACUCAGACGACCCGUCGGACCUGAGCGCCGAGCAGCUGAAGAUCGAGACGGACGAGGCGUUCUUCGCUCCGUACGAGGAGGUGUACCCCUGCGAGGUGACGGAGCAGAGCGUGGAGAUAAAGACGGACUCUGACGACGAAGACGAGGAGGAAGAGGAGGAGCACGAGGUUCUGGUGGAGGCGGGGAGCAGCCAGCUGGACGGCGACGGCGACUCGGACCAGGCGGACUUCGAGCCGGACGAGCGUCAGUACCGCUGCAGCUACUGUGGGAAGUGUUACAGCCACGCGUCCAGUCUGUACCGACACCAGCAGACUCACAGCGGGAAGAGCGGGGGGGCGCUGCCUCCCGCCAAGCGAGCGCUGGAGCCCACGCACCAGGAGGCCCGCUACACCUGCCCUCACUGCGGCAUGAGCUUCAAAGGCAGCAGGAUGCUGGGGAGUCACCUGCGGCUGCACGGGAAGCGGCGGAUCCACCCCUGCAACAUCUGCGGGAAGGAGUUCAACCACAGCUCCAGCCUGUCGCGCCACCGCCUCAUCCACAAGAAAGGGAAGGGCAUCCCCAAAGACAUCGGCCUGGGCCCCAACAUGUCCGCGCUGCGCCACUCGCUGAAGGCCGGCGCCAAGAACAAGAAGACCAAGCGGCAGCAGCAGCGGCAGCAGCAGCAGCAGCAGGCGGCGGUCGCCAUCGUUCAGAAUCAGGGCGGCGAUAAGUUCUACGCCUGCCCGCAGUGCGACAUGAGCUUCAGGACGUCCACGCAGCUGUCCAAGCAUCAGGUGACCCACGUCAAGGAGCUGCUGGACAACUACACGCCCGGCAAGGAGAACCUCGGCGAGACUUCCUCCGACCUCAAGAUCCGCCUCAAGCUCUGCUCCCGCGACAAGCCCAACUUCUACACCCUCUGCAAGAAGAACCGCCGCCGCCGCGGGGGGCGAGGCGGCCGGCGUGGCGUCGCUCUCUCCGAGGAUGAGGAAGGGAGCGGCGGUGGUGGUGGCGGCGUAGGAGGAGGUGGUGGAGUAGGAGGAGUUGGUCGCCAUGGUUGCAGCCACUGUGGGAAGCGGUUCAGCCACGCCUCCAGCCUGGCGCGGCACCAGCAGACCCACCGGGCGGCGGCGGACGGCGGCGUGGCGCGAGGGAAGCUGCAGCAGCACCAGAAGCAGCAUCACAUCAAGACCGGACUCCCCGGCGCCGCCACCGCCACCCGCCACCGCCAAAACCAAGACCUACACCUGCGCCGCCUGCAACAAGACCUUCAUGCACUCGUCCAGCUUCUCGCGCCACAAGAAGGCUCACAUGGAGGAGGAGCAGCGGGCGCACGCCUCCGCCACCGCCAAGCGCAGGAAGAGAGCGGUGCUGGACGAGACCGCGCCGCUGGAGUCCGACUCCGAGUGACGUCGCCCCCUCCUCCUCCUCCUCCUCGGCUCUGGACUGGUUCUGGACCUGUUCUGGGUUUGGUUCUGAAUCAGCACUGACUGGUUCUGGACUGGUUUGGGACCAGUUCAGAAAAAAAACGACAAAGAA